AGAUAAAAACUCCAGAAUCUGUUCUGAGCGCCUUCAGUUGAAGUUGGACCCCAAUGAUGGGACUCGCAGUGGAGUUCACCUUCCUCCUCCUGGUGGAUCUAAUCCUGGCGCUGAGGCCUCUCCAUGGAGUGCUGCGUCCUGACGCGCAGCCCCGCGGCUCCAGGCGCGCUCAGCAUCCGCAGCUGCCGCUCUACAUGAUGCAGCUCUACCAGACCAUGCUGACUGAAAGUCCGCCGGCCAAUGAGCAACGCAGCCAUCAGGAGGCUGACUCUGUGACCAGCCUAACCGCUAGAAGCUGCCAGCAGAGAGGCAACAGAUGGUCUAUCACAUUUGACAUGUCCUCCAUGUCUGCAAGUGACAGCAUCCAACGAGCUGAACUUCACCUCCACCUGCCUGCAUUCUCCCACUCCUCUAUCGCCUUUGUGGAGGUCUUUCACUCCAGCAGGAGUCAAGAAAAACAGCUCCUCCUCGGUCGUCUUGGAGUUAAUCCAAGCUCAACAGCUUCAUCUUCCUCCUGGAGAGUCUUCAACAUGACAGAGAUGCUGCUCCUCUGGCUGCAGCUGGCAGAGAGGACAGCAGAGGGUGAAGCUGAAGUGCAGGAAGAGCAGGAGCAAGUCCAGCAUCCCACAGCUAACAGGGUCAUGAUGGUGGUGUUCACAAGGCAGAAGCAGGACAGCCAACGGAAGCCAACGUUGAUCCACGCUGUGGAGCGUUCCAAGUACGUCCAGCUGGACAGGGAGCGAGUUAGUCCCAUGAUGAGGAGGCACAGAGACAAGAGGGACCAGCACAGCCUGGAAUCCAAAAAAAGAGCUGCAAGAGGGGAGAAGAGAGGUCCUCUGUGCAGGAGAGUGGACAUGGUGGUGGACUUUAGGAAGCUGGGAUGGAGCGAGUGGAUUGUAUAUCCAAAACGAUACAACGCUUAUCGGUGUGAGGGGAGCUGUCCCACACCCGUUGAUGAGAACUUCAGACCAACUAACCACGCAUUCAUGCAGAGUUUGUUGAAGCUUCACCGCCCGGACAAGGUAGUGUGUCUUUCCUGCGUGCCAACACGUCUGGCGUCUCUCUCCAUGCUGUACUACGAGCACGGGAAGAUGGUGAUGAGGCACCAUGAGGACAUGGUGGUGGAAGAAUGUGGCUGCCACUGAGGAAAACCCCAACACUGCCUCAGAUGAGAGGAGGGAAACAGAGACUGUAGAUCCAGAGCCCAUCUGAAGCUUGGAGUGGAUUUAUGUACACAGGCACUUCACAGAGAGGACAUCUCACGCUGGACUGCUGCUGGGAUGCAGUCACUGAUAAAUCCCUAGCACCAGUCAUUAAAUAAAAAUAUGUCAACCUAAAAACUCAAGUUCUUUCUUGUAUUGUAUAUUCUGACAGGCAUCUGAGGAAGUGAGAAAUGUCCAAGUGAUGUGAGCGCUUUCAGAUGUGUGGUCAUGCUGAUGCUGCUGUACAACAAAACAAUAAAUUAUUUCAGCAUUUCUUUCUAUUACUUUAUGAGACACCAUCUGACAAAUACUUAAAUUCUUAAUUGAAAGGUUUAGUUAUAAAC